AAAAUUAGCCGUGACCGAGCGUCCGCGCGUACCUCCCAAGUGCCACGGAUCUUCAGGGUGGAACAGCAAACAGCUCUCCUCUGUCCUGUUUUCUUAGUGCGGGUAGCUAGCUGUGUGAGCUAGCAUUUUGCAGAUAUGCUUACUGCGGUGCGUUGUGUGCUGUCCAAGCUGGUUUCUCCGCUGUGGAGGACAGUCGAAGUGGAAGGAGACAUUUUCUCCCAUGAAUCAGGUAGGGAAGACAUUCGCCACCUGAGGGGCCGGGUGAUAACCCAGCUGUGUCUUGACUAUGGCAUGAUCGACGAUGCCAUCUACUUCACUAGUGGUGAGGUCUUGGGUGGCGUGCCACUGAAAGAAGGAGACCUGGUCAACUGUAUAGCAGUAAGAGAUGGUUCUGAAGGGGGAUGGAAAGCUUUAAGGGUGGAGAAGAGUGCAGAUGCUUGGGAGGAUGGAGGAAAAACCUCCUUGGAAGCUGACAUUAUGCAGCUGCGGCCUCUCGUUGGCAUGGUCACAUCAUUUGAUGGAGAUGGUGGCUACAUAAAUCAAACCACAUACUUCCCAAGCCACAGUCUUUGGGAAGGUUACGAGCCAAUGAAAGGAGACUGGGUCCAAGCAAAAUAUUUUAUCAAUCCUAACCAGUGGACCACCCAAGCUCAUUCUGUGGUCCCUUUACGCUAUUGCCGCCUAGACCAAGUGCGUGUGACCAGUAUCUAUGGUCGUAGUGGAGUGGUGGAUGACAGUGUUUUCUUCAGCUUGGACUCUCUCCUGCUCCCUGCCCGUUACGAGCCUUCAGUAGGACAUUUGGUUAACCUGGUAAUGGUAGAGAGCAGUCAGUCACUCUAUAGCUGGAGGGCUCUUUGCAUGGCACCCUUCUCUCAGAGUGCAAAUCUUUCUGCUACGCCUCUCAGAGAGGCUGAGCUGAAGAGCAUCUUAGAAGAUAAAGGUGGGCUGAAUGUAACAGACUACGGACAGUUUGGGGAACUGAUGACUGGGGAGACACGAGAGCUGGUGCUCUGGAUACAAAAUAAAGGUUCAGAGACCCACAAGUUGACACACUGCGACUUUGCUGGCUGGGACUCAGAAGAACAGUUCACUCUGGUUAGUGUUAAAGGAUUGACAUCACUGAGGCAAAAAGGGCAGCAGCUGCAAGAAAACCCUGUCAAGUCUUCAGAAAUACAAGUGAAAGAUGGAAAAGAUGGAGACAAAGAAAAUGGCGAUGCGCAGAAGGAGGCGGUCCAUUCCCCCGGUCUAAGAAGACAGGAAAGCGAGUUGGAUAUUUUACCUGGAGAGAGACUGCCAGUUGUUGUAGCCUGCGAGGCAAAGGGCCUGGGAACUUGUGCUGAGCUGCUACUGCUGCACUUCUCUUCUUUCACCAUCGGGAGGCGCUUGAAGGUCACCGUGCGCAGUGAAUGUGAAGAUGUGCUCCAGCCCUCUGUACCCUACACUCCUACUGAUAAUCGCCCAGUCGCUGCAAAAUCUCCUCACGUGAUCACAGUAGCUGCUCCGAAAAUGACACCAAGGCUUCCUAAGCGGCGGUUGCCACAAUUUCUACCCAACUACCCUGUGCCUCACGCUCUAAGAGACUGUGUGGAAACCCAGAGCGAUGUCCUGGUAGUUGAGCCCUGCCUUGGAGAGGUGCUGUCUCCGUCGAACAUGCAGUCGCGUUUCUCAGUCCUUCUCUGGCUGGAAGAGUUGCACGCAGAAAGGGAACUGAGAGAAUUCUCUAUCAGUGGAGCGCUUCUCAGGAAAGGGGCUGUCUACCUGCACCUCGAGGUCCCCGGUUUGGCCGAAGGCAGACCUAAUCUCAAUAUAGGGGACAGAAUAAUACUGAAGAAGCUACAGAGUGAUGGUGUGGUAAUGGAGUACAUUAGCUACGUCACAGAGAUCAAUGAUGAGGAUGUGAGUUUACGAGUGAACUCAGACUUUCAGCGCAGCUACCUUGGAGAGCCACUAGAUGUUGAGUUCUCUUACAACAGAUUGACUAUGAGGCGGUGUCACAGUGCACUUGAACAGACAAAACACUUUGGGGAAGUUCUCUUCCCCUCAAGAGUGACACCUCGGACCCCUCGGUGGACUGGAAAAUGGAUGGAUAAACUAGAUGAAGACAAAACGGUAGAGAACAAUAAGGCACCAGCCACUGAAAAUGGAAAAGUGUCAGGCAUUACCAUUGACAUGAAGUCAAAAGGCACACAGACUAAAGAUUGUGCACCACCAUCUAAACCCCUCCCCACCAAAGGGCACUUCUUUAACCCAGACCUGAACCCCCCUCAGAAGGAGGCAGUGAAGAGGAUCCUAGCAGGGGAGUGUCGGCCCCUUCCGUACGUGCUCUUUGGACCUCCAGGCACUGGAAAGACGAUCACCAUUAUAGAGGCCAUACUCCAGGUUUACCACUUUAUGCCCAGUAGUCGGGUACUUGUAUGCACCCCCUCCAAUAGUGCUGCUGACCUCAUCUGCAUCCGCCUACAUAACAGUGGCUUCCUGCAUGCUGCGAGUUUGGCCCGUGUCAAUGCGUCCUGUAGGCAGAAUGAGUCUAUCCCAGAAGUGCUGAGAGUGUACUCCAGGGCAGGAGAGGACAUUCGUCAAGCUGCUUUCCACAGGAUUGUGGUCAGCACCUGCUCCAGUGCUGGCAUGUUCCAUAAUAUAGGCCUACCAGUGGGACACUUUACUCAUCUGUUUCUGGAUGAAGCCGGUCAAGCCACUGAGCCAGAGUCCCUGAUCCCGAUGAGCAUUGUGUCUGAAAGAGAUGGACAGAUAGUUUUAGCUGGAGACCCCUGCCAGUUGGGUCCGCUUGUGAAGUCCAAGAUAGCUAGUGCCUUUGGCUUUGGGGUGUCUUUGUUGGAGAGGCUGAUGGCCAACCCUCUGUACUCCAGACAGGACUGGGGCUACAAUCCGAAACUGGUAACUAAGCUGGUCUACAACUAUCGUUCUCAUGAGGCCUUGCUCACACUGCCUUCAAAGCUCUUCUAUCAGGGAGAACUGUGCUGUAAAGGACCCAGGCCUAUUGUGGACUCCCUCUGCCAGUGGAAAAAUCUGCCCAAAAAAGGCUUCCCACUUCUUUUUCAUGGAGUCAGGGGGACAGAAAUGAGAGAAGGUAACAACCCAUCAUGGUUUAACCCAGUAGAAGCUGUACAGGUCAUGCUAUACUGCUGUCAACUGGCAAAGAAGCUCUACAAUCCUGUCCAUGCCUCUGACAUUGGCGUCAUUGCCCCCUACAAAAAACAAUGUGAGAAGAUUCGUGUCCUGCUGGGGAAGGUGGGCCUGUCGGACAUCAAAGUGGGCUCUGUGGAGGAGUUCCAAGGACAAGAGUUUCUGGUCAUCAUUUUGUCUACGGUGCGCUCUAGUGAGUCACUACAGAGUGAUGAUCUAAAGAGUACGCUUGGCUUUCUGGCCAACCCAAAACGCUUCAAUGUGGCCAUCACUCGACCCAAAGCUCUGCUUUUAAUUGUUGGAAACCCACACAUUCUCAUUAGGGACCCAUGCUUCAGGGCUCUGCUUGAGUACUGCUAUAUUAAUGAGGCUUAUCUGGGCUGCGACCCUCCUUCCUCUCUUCAAGAUGUUCACACUGUUGCAGAGGAGCAAAGGAGCACAUAAAAGGGACAAUAACAGAGGGUGUACUCCAGCACAGUCAACCUGGCAAUCCAAUUAUGUUUAAAUUUGUAUUUCCUCCUUCACAUUUUCUCGGCUUUGCUCUGUGUACCUCUUAACGUAAUUGCUUUAAAAAGAAAAAUAUCUUGUUUACUUAAGAGCCAAAUGCAGUCCCACUGGGAUGAGAAAUAAAGGUGACACUCAUGAUCACGGCCCAAGCAUUCUUGUGUCCUACCAUUAAGUUGAUGUGCUUGACACUGCAUAAGAUGGUUCAGAUUUUUGGGUGAAUUACCGAGAAUUGCACCUUAAUGGUCCCAGUGUGUUUAUCUACCCAGUCUGCACAGUAAUGGUUCCAGAGUUAUUUGAAUGGAAUCGACCUUGCUUUUAAAGCAGAAAUUUCUAAGUAAUGUGGUGCCAGCUCUUUGAUAAACAAGAGAAAAUGGUUACAACAAAACAAAGUUUUGGUAUAUUGAGGGCAUUAACCUAAGCAGAUGUCUGCGGAUUUUAUGGGCAAGUUGUCUGCAUAAGUUGAUAUAACAGUGUCUGCCCAUAAGACCUGGAGACUGGAUGUGACAAUUGAGUGCUAUUGAAAGUCUGCACAUUCACCGUCAGUCAUACUGGAGCCCAGUGGGUGGAGUAAUGGGAAGAGAAAAGAGGAAAAUGGGGGUUCAGUGUCUUUAAGUUAAUGGGUCUAUUAGAAGCAGGGAGGGGAUAACGCUUAUCUGAACUGUGAGAGAGCCCAGCUCAGACACAAAGUCCCUUUUCUUUUCUUCCAAGAGACACCCCUAUCUUUGAUGUAUGCCUCAGGUGUUUUUGUUUUGUUUUUUUUCCCCCUCUGGUGUCCCACUUAUCCAGUGAUGGCUGAACCAUAGAGUGAAGAAUACCCAUACAUAUUUAUAUUGUUUAAAAUAAUGUUGCUUUGGAGGUUCUUAAGUUAUAGUCUGACACGUUCCUCACUUAGAUUUUGAAGCAUUAUGGGUUUUGAAGUUGUUUUGCUGGCACAGUAACUGCUCAUGAAUGAUUUAAGACUUUCAAAUGCACACAUUAAAGCCUAAGGUCUGGAAUGCAAAUUUUUAUUAUCACACAGAAGAAAGGUUACCAUUUUCCCCACAAGAUGCUAAAGCCAGUGUCUGAAAUAAGCAGACAGUAUAAACCCACAUGGGGUGUUUGUGGGUUUAUUUAUUUUGGUCCCAGGACAGUGUGUAUACCAGCAUUAUGUGCUCACAUGUAGCAUAUAAUGGGGACAGUCCGUGCCAGCUGCAUUCUGACUAGUUUGUGCUUAUUUUAUUAUAGCAGGUGGUGCUUGUAAGGAGGUAAGACAUUGCUGUGAAUUCCCCAGAGCAGACAAGUUGGCUACCAAAGGAGGAGGGGGGUUAUAGCACACAUGGAAAGAUUGCAUCAGAGAAAGCAUUUCAAACAACAAAAAAACCACCUUGCCACAAAGUGAAAUGGCUUGACCAGCUAAAUAUACAGCAAAAACGCAAAAGUUAAGAUUGAUUAAUAAUGUUGGUCGAAAAAAAUGAAUGAACUCAUUAAGCAAUAAGCUGUUAAAACAGGCUUGCAUGGGGGGAUUUUUUUUUUUUUCUUGUAAUCAUUAGUGAAUGGGCGGUUAGAACUAUUAGCUAAAAGUUGUGGAUAAAUAGGUAAUAAUCAAUAAAUGGUUAACUUUAACAUAAAGUAUUCUUAUUGUUGUAUUUAUAUAGAUAUGUAUAUAUUAAAUGUACUGUAAAUACCGUAUGUUCUGUUUCUGUACCACUAUUAUUUUUGCACCAUGACACCAAGACAAAUUCCUCAUGUGUGCAGAAACUUGGAAAUAAACAUAAUUCUGAGCUAAA